CAAUGCCUAUCGCCUCCGAUGAUACGGCUAGGUUGUCCUCGGGUGGAUGGAGAUCUGCAAGACUCAUCAUCGGUGUAGAAAUGGCGGAACGAUUCGCUUACUUCGGAAUAUCCUCGAACCUGAUAACGUACUUGACAGGACCUUUGGGUGAGUCAAUAGCUGCAGCUGCGGCCAAUGUGAACGCUUGGAUUGGAACGUUGUCUUUUCUGCCGAUUCUCUGGGCGUUUGUUGCUGACGCGUUUCUCGGCCGUUACCGUACUAUAGUCAUCUCAUCUUCUCUAUAUAUAUUGGGACUUGCAUUGCUGACGUUUUCAACAAUGAUUCCUUCAAAUUGCGAAGAUCCGAGCCAACAAGUUUCAUGUGCUUCUCAGCUGCAAGUGACUAUCUUCUUCUUUUCUCUGUACCUUGUCGCAAUAGGACAAGGCGGUUCCAAACCGUGUAUUAAGGUCUUUGGAGCCGAUCAGUUCGAUGGAGAUGAUCUAAAAGAGGCAAAAGCCAAAAGUUCUUUCUUUAACUGGUUGAUGUUUGGAAUCUGUGUUAGUAUACUGUCCACUCGUUUGGUGUCUAGCUACAUUCAAGAGAACCUAACCUGGUCGUUAGGUUUUGGUAUUCCAAGUGUUUCAAUGCUACUUGCUCUGCUUCUCUUCCUCCUUGGAACAUCCUCUUACCGGUUUAGUACUGAUGGAGGAGGAAAGAAAAACCCUUUUGCUAGAAUCGGUCAUGUUUUCGUGGAGGCAGUAAAGAACAGAAGACAACGUGAUUUCGAUAACUCUAACCCGAACAAGACCCUCCUUCUCUUGCCUCACCAGAGUUCCAAGCAGUUGAGAUUCCUAGACAGGUCAGCGAAUGGAUGUGAUUUGGACUAAAUUGAAGACGCAAAAGCGGUACUUAAGCUUGUUCCAAUAUGGAUAACUUGCUUAGUCUACGCCAUUGUGUAUGCGCAGUCCCCUACUUUCUUCACAAAGCAAGGAGCCACAAUGGACAGGUCAAUCUCACCAGGAAUCAUAGUCCCUGCAGCAACACUCCAAUGUGUCACAAGCCUAUCAAUUAUCAUAUUUAUCCCCAUCUAUGACCGUCUACUCGUCCCAUUCACAAGAUCUUUUACUCAGAACCCAUCAGGAAUCACAAUGCUUCAAAGGAUUGGUACAGGCAUCGCACUGUCUAUUCUUGCUAUGGUAGUAGCCGCUUUGGUUGAAACCAAAAGGCUACAAACCGCUCGGGAAGACUUCUCUGUACCGAUGAGUGUAUGGUGGUUGGUUCCACAGUAUAUUAUAUAUGGAGUCGCGGACGUGUUUACAAUGACAGGUUUGCAAGAGUUUUUCUAUGAUCAAGUCCCUAGUGAGCUUAGGAGCGUUGGUAUGGCUCUGAACCUGGGCAUAUAUGGGGCUGGAAACUUCCUAAGCAGCUUCAUGAUAUCAGUCAUCGAUAGAGUCACAAGUCAGCCUGGCCAAACAAGCUGGUUUGAUAAUGACUUGAAUCAAGCUCAUCUAGACUACUUUUACUGGCUACUGGCUUGUCUCAGCUUCAUUAGUUUAGCUUGCUACUUGUGGUUCGCCAAGUCGUAUGUCUACAACAGACCAAACACCUUCUAAAGCAUAUUCUUCUCUGUUAGCCGACUGAAUUGAGCUUUCUACAUUUACUGAAAUGGACUUCAGAACCAACCAAAUUGAGAUUUACAUACUCUUUAAUUACAUACUAGAUUUUGAUCCGCGCUUCGAAAGCGCGGAUAUUAUUUUUACUUUUAUGAAAUAUAUUAUUUAUUUGUAAUUAUUGAAUGUAUUUAUCUUAGUAAAACUUUCAUUAUAAUAAA